AUGAUCAAGAAGAGCAGUAGUUUGGAGAGAAUUGAAGCAGAUUUGGCUAUGGCAAGAGCGUCGAUACGAGAAGCUAUUCGGGUUCGAAAUUAUACAUCGGAUAAGGAAGAGAUGUUCAUCCCCAGAGGAUCAGUUUACAGAAACUCGUAUGCAUUUCAUCAGAGUCAUAUAGAGAUGGUGAAGAGGUUCAAGGUAUGGGCUUACAAAGAAGGCGAGCUACCGAUGGUUCAUACUGGGCCCAUGAAGCACAUAUAUGCAAUUGAGGGCCAAUUCAUUGACGAGUUCGAGAGUGGGAAAAGCCCAUUUUUGGCCCAAAAUCCUGAUGAGGCCCAUGCAUUCUUCGUGCCUGUUAGUAUAGCUUACAUUGUUGAGUACAUCUACUUGCCUAUCACAACGUAUGAUCGUGAACGUCUGGUUAGGAUCUUCAAGGACUAUGUUACGGUUGUAGCGGAUAAAUACCCUUAUUGGAAUAGAAGUACUGGAGCUGACCAUUUUAUGGUCUCUUGUCAUGAUUGGGCUCCCCAAAUCUCUCGGGACGACCUUGAUCUAUACAAAGAUUUUAUAAGAGUGAUGUGCAAUGCCAACACUUCUGAAGGGUUUCACCCCAUGAGAGAUGUCACAUUGCCGGAAAUGAACAUACCUCCGGGAAUGCUAAACCCUCCCCGUCUAAGUUACCCCCCUUCUCGCCGUAAUAUCCUAGCAUUCUUCGCCGGUGGCGCUCACGGAGACAUACGCAAGAUCUUGUUACAUCAUUGGAAGGACAAAGACGAGGAUGUUAGAGUGCAUGAAUAUCUCCCAAAGGAUCAAAACUAUGCCAAGUUAAUGGCUCAAACCAAAUUCUGCUUGUGCCCUAGCGGGUUCGAAGUGGCUAGCCCUAGAUUGGUUGAGGCAAUCAAUUCCGGGUGUGUUCCGGUGAUCAUUUCCGAUCACUAUUCGUUACCAUUCAGUGAUGUUCUCAACUGGAACAAGUUCUCGAUAACGAUACCACCGGAAAAGAUCCCGGAGAUUAAGAGUAUAUUGGUAGGGGUUUCUAAUAGGAGGUACUUGAAUUUGCAGAAGCGGGUGGUUAUGGUGCAAAAGCAUUUCGAGCUGAACAGACCUGCUAGGCCAUUCGAUGUUCUUCAUAUGGUGCUUCACUCGAUUUGGCUUAGAAGGCUUAAUAUUAGGCUACCAAUCUAGUCAUUCGUUGGAUUUGUACAAACGUGUAGUCAUCAUUCUUUUUAUAAGUUAUUAGGUUACAUGAA